AUCCUCACCAUUAUCUGUGCAUGGAUAGCAGAUUUUAAGACUAAUAUCGGAGUUGAUAACCGUUCCGAUCUUAUUCUUUUCUUUGGCCUUUCAAGUUCUAACCAGCAAUCUCGACAAGCAAUAAAAAAUACAGCAGCUCCCGAUAUAGCUAAAACUCCGCUUCAGCACAUUUUUAGCCUAGACUUGACUGCAUUAUGGAUGAGAUUGACCGAUCUUUCUCCAGAUCUUUCUAUUUCUCAAGUUAGGCUAAACGAUCUACUUACCUCUCUUCUCGAUGACAAGACUGAUAUUUUGGCCUACCAAGCCGGGCUUCAAUCAACCAUCAUUAAUUACCUGCGCAAAAUCCACCCGAACACUUGGCCUAGUUGGAUUCUUAAGGAAACUACCUCUCUUGAUCAGCUGGAUGCAUACAUUCGUGGCCAGGUCUAUGAUAAAAGUGGGGAUAAUAAUACAUUUGUUUUCUAUCGUUAUUUAGGGCUCUGGCUACCAAUCGCUAUUCUGCAACGUUGCAUAUCCCAUACUAAUCUGGUUGGCCGGUUGAGAAAGUUGGCUGCCUCUCUUGAUGACCCUACCAUCAUUGGCUUUUCAGAAUCAAAUGAAGGCGAAAGCAAUAAACUUCAGGUUGCGGAGUUCAAGACUCGCCUUCUUGAAACAAUCGCUGGGUUGGCAAGUGUGCGUGUUGUGUCUCCUGUUCACACCAUCCCCUUAUUCAGCAUCGUAUUCGCUCCAGUAAACGCUAAAACCGAGCCACCAGCUGCCCUUCAUGCUGCUGAAGCUUCUACCUCUUCCUUCAACAAUGACGGAAGCCUCUUCGAUUGGCUCUUAUGUUCUGACCCAGAAGAACUUUGUCUUGUGAAGCCUGUCCAGGAAGGUCUGCCUGUAACCUCUGGACAGCGCCUUCGUAGCUGCCUCUCUGGCAUGCUGAUUCUCGAGACAGCAUUUUUGCUUCAUCAACCCUGGCAAUGGCGCUUAACCUCUCAGUUAGCUGAGAAAGCUAUCUCAACUCGUGGUGGAGCUUCAUCGCAGCCCAUUGGUUUGGUUCAACUUGGCUUUCGGCUAGACUACUUGAAGCCGCGACUUUCCCGUGAUCAAUGGAAAUCAGCUUUUCUUCUCAUCUUGGAAUGGGCCAGCCUAGCAUUUAUUUGUAUUGAGAUAAACUUAUUAAAUCAGCAGAGUCUAUCUAAUGACUCCAAUUGCAUCUUUCAACAUCAUCGCCUCUUAUUCGCUUUCCGAGCAUUUCGCAUGCUUGCGGCACUUUCCGCUGUUUUUGUCGAGAAGGCGUGUUUCUCUGGGGGAGCCUGGUUGGAUAGCCAAGUUGAAUAUCUUUCGGGUUCAUACAAACAGAUGGCAAAGGGCUUGCAGGCUCUUGGUGAAGUCGAUGAAGAUGAAGAAAAGGAAGAUGAGGCAGAAAAAGGUUUGGAGGAAGAGGAAGACAAAAUGGACGAAACAAACGAGGAUGGGGAACAAGAUAGAGAAAACGCGAUUUCUGCCCUCUUGGAGAUUGAAAACGAAGAUUGGGAAGAGGAGGAAGCUACGGAAGGUACAGGUGAAAACGCCGAUUCCUCCGUCACUUCGUUAAACCCACCGAAUCAGACACGCCGGCUAUAUCGGCCGCCUAUCAGUAUUCGCUCGGAAUGGACCAGUCAAUUGCAGCAAAAGCUCUUUUCAAUGGUGGUACCGGCAGUAUUAUCUACUUGCCUGUCGCAAGAAGCAUCCCCCGUUCCCAAAAUUGCCCAGAUUGAUACCCCCAAUGCACUUUCAGCUCUGUGCGCUUUAAUGGCGACCUGCCCUGCGGAACAGCUUGUUUAUGUGCUGACAGACCAGCCUCGUCUUGAGAUGGAGUUCCUCGGUGAAGCACCUCAACUAUUGUCCAGCUGGCCAGUAGCUCGAAACGCCUUUAUCCUUUCGGACUUGGGAUCGAAAUCCGUCCGCCUCUCGCCUGGUCUUAGAGCUGGCCUUGAGCUAGCUAGCCGCCUCCUGGUCACAUCUCCCUACCAAGCCGGCCAACUGCUCGGUCACCGCUUACUAUGUCGUUUACUAUCAUUACGCGGCUCCGCGGCUCGGGUUUCGCGUGUUCGUCUCAGCGACGCUAUCCUGGCGUCCUACUUGCCGCCAACUUUGCUUGCUGGCCUUGCUGCCAAACUUCCGUCCCGCCUUGAGGCCGAACUCUCCUCCGGUGUUUGCAUUUCGCGAUGGGCUAUACGUCCCCUUAAUGCUGACGAAUCAAGCUGCUUGUUAGGCUCUGAUCUACAUCCGCUUGAUCCCUCUGCGCAUCAACACCUUCUUGGCUUCCUGCUUGCUUGGGACGCUUUUGUCAGUCUAGUUGCUUGCUCCAGCCGCUCAACACGGGUCAGACUGCAACAGCUCAUUCUCUCUGGCGAGCUGGACUCGGAUUCACACGAAUUUAACAGUAUUUCAGUUGACAAUUCAACCUCUAGUCGCAUCAGUGUUAUAUGUUUAUUCGACCGCUUUCUCCUCGUCCUUGGCCGACUUAUGCCAGAUCGACAUUCUCUUCUAUCAAGUCUUGUGGAUGCUCAUUGUCGUCUAGAGCCUGAUGAGCGGCUCUUACUUUCCCACUUGACUACAGGCCAUCUAGCCUAUUUCAGCAACGAUAGGCCGAGGACUACCGUCAACAAUUCCCAUCGAGUGGGUGGGUCACGAUCAACCCGAUCCUAUCUAACUGGCGGGGACCGACGCUGGUGUGACCCAACCUGCCCAGCUGAUCCUCUUGUCCAACUACCAAGUCACCGAAUGUUCUUUGAUCUCUCGCAUCUGGCAAUUCGCUUAUUUCGCAGAUUGCUAGCUCAACUACCGACCAUAAUGCGUGCUUGGUUUAUCCGGCUGAAUAGCUUUAAUCGCCAAACCUAUUUGCCAGCUUCGGGAUCACCAUCAACGGGUUUGGCAUCAGUAACUAUCUCACCGCUGGUUCAGCGGCCUUGGCAGUCAAAACAACUUAUUAACAGGAUUGACCGCAUUGUCACUAAUGCUUUUAGUCCUAGUCUCAUUUAUGAUGAACUGGUGCUAGUCGAGCAGCGAGCUCUCUUUCGACAUGGACAGUCGACUCUUGGACAGUACUUCAAAGAUAAGCUGGAGUCAAUCUUCCCAAAGGUUGGACUUAACGAAAUUCCAGAGCCUGGAUCCCUUGUUGUCCAUAGCCGGCUGAACUCUAGAGAAGUGAGUUAA